GAAAAAUGGCAGUGGCGUUUUAUAAAUACCUUUACCAUUUCCCUCCGCAAUUUCAAGCAUUCAACAGCUUUGGCGCGAUCUUCAUUUUCUCAAAGCCAGAAGAGAGGAAGGCUGAUAAUGAAGUUUAAGGCAUUUCUAUCUGAACAUGGUGUGAAUCUCUUAGAAAGGCGGUUUCUACCAGCCCUAGACAAAAUGGGCAAGAUAUGUCAUUUAUUUCUUACCAGAGACCAUGCGAUCUUCCUCCACAACCUUUUGAAUGGCGAUGGGGUUCAGUGCAUUGCUCAGUUUCGCAAGGAAGCUCUCUUUGAUGACUAUCGGAUCUCAAGUCAGAAUGAGGACCGCAUUGCCUUCACAAUUGAUGUAUCCCUUCUGCUUCGUGCUGUUCGGAGUAGUGUAAGUAUAUGUACUGAAUUUGGCAAUGGGCCUUCUGCCAACCGUCUCCAAAUUAAAUUGGUUAAGAAGUUGCCUCCCAAUUGUACUCAGCCAAUGCCUUUUCUUACCUUUGAAACCAAGGGUUAUAAAUCUGCAGUCAUUCAGGAUGUACCAAUAUCAAAACCUUUAUCUAGGGCUGAAGUGCUUGAGCUGCAAACUGCACUUGAUGUGGCACAAGAACUACCUCAGACUCUGGUUCAAGUUCCAGAUUUGAAUCAAUUGCAGAACUUUGUGGAACGGAUGAAGCAUGUUGGUGAUUUGCUAAAUGUCGCUAUAAGCAAGUAUGGAGAUCUACAUGUGCAAAUCUCAACAACUUUGAUCACACUUGGUGCUGAAUUUCGUAAAUUGUUGGUUAUUGGAGAACAAGCUGAAGCUCCAUCAGAGGAAAGAAAUCUGAGCGCUCAGACUCGGUCGGAAAGGGCAAUCUCGAGGGGAGACGCUCAGAGUGUUCAAGUGAGUAUAAGACACUUUUCUAGGAGCCUUCAGUGUCACCUGGCAAAGCCUGACUGUGCUUUUUAUGGGAUUGCUCCGCAGGGUGCUUGUUUGACGGUGAUAUUUCAGUUCUUCAUUCCUGGUACACGUCAAACUGAUAAAUCAAUCAGUCUACAUUGCAGGCUUCCUGUACUUGAUCCAGGGUCAAGUUGAAUUCAAUCAGUUUGCCAUCAAUAGCUACUUUUCAGCCAGAACUAGUAAUUUUCAAGUAGCUUGUGGCCUGGCAAUCCAUGUAACCAUUACAUUCCAGAAGACUUCCUCAAAGUCCGAACUUUGAAGCAUAUGUUACUUAUGAAAGCAAUUUGAGAAUAGGUAGAAUUAAGUACAAAAAUGAUUUUAUCGUUAGUAAUGUAUGUUGAAUACAAGAUUAGAAAUAGUCCAUUUCUUAAUGAACUCUUCUGGUCUUCCUUCUCAAUGAAACAACAGAUAUGUGAAUGUGAAGAUAAACUCUAAGUCUACCACAUAGUAAGAGUUUAGGUCUCCCUUAAAUAGAACAGUGAUACAGUAAAAGAAUAACGACUGUAGAGCUUGCAGCUCUCGUUCUGGUCCUAUCCUACUAGUCAUGUAGGAGUUACAUUAGUUAAAGGGAAACUUUGAUACUAGGCUUUUUGAAACUAAACUUAGUAAUUUUAGAU